CAGGCUUCUGCCGCGCACACCGCCUUCUGCACCCGCGGCACCUACAUUCGCUACCUGCGGGCUCGCAGCUGGAACCUGGCCAAGGCCACCAAGAUGCUGCUGGAGACGCUGCGGUGGCGGGCAGAGUACCAGCCGCAUGCGCUUCACUGGGACAACAUCAAGCAGGAAGGGGCGCGCGGCAAGCUGUUCAUCCUGGAGCAGCCAGACAAGGCGGGACGGCCGGUGGUGCUCAUGCGGCCCAGCUUGGGGCAUGGCGCACCUGGCAAUGCAGGCUGGAGGCGGCUUACAGCGGCAAUAGCGACGAGCGGGUCAAGGUUGGUGCUGGGGUGGGAUGAGUGCAUGACGUGGCUGGUGGACUAUGUGGGGUACAACAGCAAGAACAGCCCCCCCAUCAAGGUCUCCCUGCAAGUGCUCAGCAUCCUGCAGAACCACUUCCCGGAGCGGCUCGGGUGCGCGGUGUCAUACCGCCCCCCCACGCUCUUCAACAUCCUGUGGCGCGCCGUGUCGCCCUUCAUCGACCCCAACACACGCGACAAGCUGGUCUUCCUGUCGGCCAAGAGCCCGCCGGGUGCG